UCAACACUGCCCCCUAGACCCAGCGUCACUGCCUCUCUGGAAAAUAGGUUUAAAUUGACUAAUUUUGAAUUUGAGCUCGUUAUUGCGAAAGUAUCUAUGUGAAAUGUGCAUUAUUAUAGAAAAACAUCAAAUGAUACAGGAAUGUCUCGUGAUGUAUUGUGGUGCUGUGGGCGGCGUCAAACUCAUGAAACGAAACUAAAGUCUGUUGCUGCUCCCUUCUGAGGAAGCAAGAUGUCGAUUAUCCCAUGAAGAUUCCCUUGGGAGAACAGGGGAGAUAUCACCACCAUGAAUGCAAAGGGGUCCCCUGUGACCCCCGAUACACAAAAUCCACAUUCAGAGAUGAUGCUGACCAGACAAGAGCUUAAAGCAAUAAUACAUAAAACACACACUGAACCCGUCUCAACAGAUAACACAUCCAACUAUGACACAACAUCCAAGAGUAUAAACCAGUCAGUAGUAGUACGGCCAGCCUCUCCUGGAUCUAGCUGUGUAUCCAUGAAGAGCAACUUUUCAUUGGAUGCCCCACCAAACCUUCAGGAAGAAGAUGCACACAGUUCAGUCCUGGAGGAGAGAAACAAAUCACACUUACCAGUUCCCAGCUGUUUGUCCAUGAAGAGUAACCAGUCUAUGAAUCCACCCUUGAAAUUAGAGAGAGAUCUUCCACCAGAACCAACGUUAGACCAAUCAGAGGCUGAACAUAUAAACAUUGUAGAAUGCCAGAUGGGGAAUGCGGUCUUCAAAUUAAAUCUGCUGAGGAAGUAUCAGUGUUUGUAUGAGGGAACAUCAAAGCAUGGAAACCCAACACUACUGAAUGAGAUCUACACAGAGCUGUACAUCACAGAGAGUGAAAAUGGAGAGAUCAGUAAUGAACAUGAGGUGAGACAAAUUGAGAGACAAUCCAGAAGAACAACAACAGAGGAGACACCAAUCAAAUGUAAUGACAUCUUUAAACCUUUACCUGAACAACACAAACGCAUCAGAAGUGUGCUGACAAAGGGAGUCGCUGGCAUUGGAAAAACAGUCUCUGUACAGAAGUUCAUUCUGGACUGGGCUGAAGAGAAAGAGAAUCAGGACGUCCACCUCAUAUUUCCACUUCCUUUCAGAGAGAUCAAUUUGAUGAAGGACAAAACACUCAGUCUUUUAGAUCUUCUUCAUCUUUUCUUCCCAGAGACAAAAGAAAUGGAAAUCUUCAGUGAUGAAUAUAAAGUGUUGUUCAUCUUUGAUGGUUUGGAUGAGUGUCGUCUGUCUCUGGAUUUUCACAGCAGUGUGAGGUUGUGUGAUGUAAAUGAAUCAACCUCAGUGGACGUGAUGCUGACAAACCUCAUCAAGGGGAAUCUGUUUCCCUCUGCUCUCAUCUGGAUCACCUCCAGACCAGCAGCAGCUGAUCUCAUCCCCUCUGAGUGUGUUGAUCAAGUCACAGAGAUACGAGGCUUCAGUGAUCCACAGAAGGAGGAAUACUUCAGGAAGAGGAUCAGUAAUGAGAGUCUGUCUGAUCAAAUCAUCUCACACCUGAAGUCAUCCAGGAGUCUCUACAUCAUGUGUCACAUCCCAGUCUUCUGCUGGAUUUCAGUCACUGUUCUAGAGAGAAUAUUGAGUGAAGCAGAGAGUCAAGAGAUCCCCAAGACUCUAACUCAAAUGUACACACACUUCCUGAUCAUUCAGACAAACAUCAAACAUCAGAAGGACUAUGAGAAGAAAGUGACAGAUGAAGACUUGAUCUAUAAACUGGGUAAACUGGCUUAUGAGCAGCUUGUAAAAGGCAAUCUGAUCUUCUAUGAUGAAGACCUGAUAGAGUGUGGCAUUGAUGUAGCAGAAGCAUCAGUGUACUCAGGAUUGUGUACUCAGAUCUUCAGAGAGGAGUUUGGUUUGUAUCAGGGAAAAGUUUACUGCUUUGUUCAUCUCACCAUACAGGAACAUCUAGCAGCUCUUUAUGUGCACACCUCUUUUAGCCAUGGAGAUACGGGUAUACUUAAUUAUUGGAAAACAUCUAACAUUGCCACCUGCUUUGAAUGUUCUAGCCUUACCGAUUUAAACAAGUCUGCGGUGGACAAGAUGUUGCAAAGCAAAAAUGGACAUUUUGAUCUUUUCCUUCGCUUUCUCUUGGGUCUCUCGCUUGAGUCGAACCAGGCUCUUUUGCACCACAUAUUACCACAAUUAUCAACUGUUUCUUCCGACAGUGUGACAGAAACCACAGACUACAUAAAGAUUCGAAUCAGGAUGAACCUCACCCCAGAAAAAUACAUCAGCCUGUUCCACUGCCUUAAUGAACUGAACGACUUUUCAUUAGAGGAGGAAAUACAGAGUUUCCAAAAAAGCAGACGACUCUCCAAAACCAAGCUUACGGCUUUACAGUGGGCCGCUCUGGUGUUUGUCCUCCUGUCAUCUGACAACAUAUUGGAGGUGUUUGACCUCAGGAAAUACAGCGUGAACAAUGCAGAUGAAUGCUUGGAGAGGAUGUUACCUGUUGUCUUGGCAACCAAAACUGCUGAGGUCAGACAUUGCAACCUAUCCGCCAGAGGUUUCGAGGCACUGAGAUCAGCGCUCAGCUCCAAGUCCUCCAAUAUUAAACACUUGAAACUCAGUGGAAAUGUCCUGUGUGGUUCUGGGAUGAAGAUUUUAUCAGAUGGGUUGAAGAAUCUGCACUGUAAACUUGAGACACUAGAAUUAUCUGAGUGUGGUAUAGCUGCUGGAGACUGUUCAUUAUUAUCAGCCGCUCUUAAUGUGAAUCCUUCACAUCUGAUCGAUCUGGACCUGAGCUUCAAUCCCACAGGAGAUGCAGGAGUGAGAAUAUUAUCACAAGUACUGAAGAAUCCAGACUGUGUGCUGCAGAAAUUAAAACUUGUGAGCUGUAAUCUUACAACAGAGAGCUGUCGAUCUCUGUCUGAGGCGUUGAAAACAAACUCAUCCCUUGUGGAUUUGGACUUGAGUAAAAAUUCCCUACAGGAUUUAGGGCUGAAGUUUCUCAGUGCUGGCCUGAAGAGUCCUCUCUGUAAACUGAAAACUUUAUGUUUGGAGGACUGUGGUAUCACAAAAACCGGCUGUGGAUUACUGUGGACGGCUCUGAGAUCAAAGCCAUUUCAUCUGACUGAACUCCGUCUGAACAGAAACACGAUACAAGACUCAGGAGUGAAGAUGAUCUCUGCUUUACUGAAGGAGACACAAUGUAAACUAGAGAGACUGAGGUUGUCCUACUGUGAAAUCACAGAAGGGGGCGGUGAUGCUUUGGCUUCAGCUCUCAGAUUAAACCCCGCCCACCUCAGAGAGCUGGACCUCUCCGGGAACAAACUUGGUUCAGCAAAGAAGCAGCUCACCGCCCUGCAAGAGCAUUCAGAUUAUAGACUGGAAAAACUUAAGAUAGACCGAUGAACGCAAAGCUGACACAGAGACGUAUUUCACUACAAAGAUAAAAGAAAAAUAUUUAAAUAAAAUAAUGUAUAUAUAUCUUUAUUAUAUAUUCAGUCAUUCUUUUUGAUAAUGAAUUUAAAGUUUUGCAUUAAAAAAUAACAAUUUCAUAAAGAGUUCAUUUUGUAAGUAAAACUGCCAGUUGAUCAAAAAUAAAGGUGCUUAAAAGGUGCUUCACAGCAAUGAAGAAACAACAUUUUUGGUUCCUCAAAGAACUAUUCAGUCGAAGGUUAUUUAAAGAACCGUUUUUUUAUCUUUUAAUAAUCUAAAGAACCUUUUUCACAACUUUUUCCAAACAAAAAUGUUUUUCAGAUCUUAAAGGUACCAUUCAGCAAAUUGGCACCGUGAAGCACCUUUAUAGUGUUCUUGCAUGUAUUUAUGUGAUUUUUUUGGCCACACAAACCUCUUGGCCAUAUGGCUUAUAAUUUGUGCCAUCCUAAAUUAUACCUAUAAACAGUAAAUCUAAAAAAAACUGUAUGUGUAUGUGUAUAUAUUGUGUAUGUGUACAUUUUAAAGUAUUUAUGUAUGCAACUAUCUGUAAAGUUCACAAAACAGCAACCUUUGACACAAAAUAUACUUUUAGAUCAAAGAUAGUAUUGAUAGUACAGUAAAAGAUUUCUGUAAUGACAGUAUUACUGGCAGCUGUUUGCCAGUAACUUACUGUAGAUUUAAAUGUAUGUUAUUUACUGGCAACAGUUUGUUCAAAGUUAAAUGAUCA